AACGCUCUUGCUGUUUUCACGGACCUCCAGAGUACAAGUACAGUGUUGUGUUGUGUACUUUUACUGCAUUGGAGGGUCUGAGUACUUCCUGUGGUGCACUGACCCCGCCAUGUGUUUCCUGGCAGGUCGGCGUCAUGUCGCUGUCUCAGAUCACGCCCACCCUGUUCCUCAGCGGCGCCGACGCCGCCCUCAACGCCUCGCUGUUGUCACAGAAGGGCAUCACCCUGAUCGUCAACGCCACGCUCAGCCACACAUGCCCCGCCUACCCGGGCGUGGAGUGUGUGCGCGUCCCUGUGUCCGACCUGCCCAGCGCCCGUCUCGGAGACCACUUCGACCGCGUGGCUGAGCGUAUCCACAGCAACCGUGCGGGGGGUACCCUGGUGCACUGCGCGGUUGGCAUGAGCCGCUCGCCGGCGCUGGUGAUGGCGUACCUGAUGCGGUACCGUGGCGUGACGCUGUGCCAGGCGCACCGCUGGGUCCGGGACAGCCGUCCCUUCGUCCGGAUCAACGCCGGCUUCUGGGAGCAGCUGCUGCAGUACGAGCGCCGACUGUACGGGAGGAACACCGUCAGAGUGGCCACGCUGCCAGACACGCCCCCGCUGACCCCGAGGACGCUGAGGGUGCCGCCGCCACCGCAGCCGAACCGGCUGACACUGGUCCCGCAGUCUCCUCAGAUGAGCCGCGCAGUGAUGACGCCCACUAACAGGAGAAGAAGAGGAGCCCGAUCCAGCCGAGUCUGAGCGCCACAUCAACGCCAACACGCCACAAACACCACCCACAAUGCACCUCCAGGUCAGGGCGGGACCACCUGCAAUCAGACUGACUCCACACGUCACCUCUCUGACGUCACCACAGGGGGCGUGACCAGAGCUGCCGUGACGUUGCCGCAGGGGGCGUGGUCUCAGUUAUUCCGUGGGUUCGGUUUUGGUGUCAGAGUGAGCGCUCUCUCCUGUCAGACAGCAGCUUUGGUUCGUCUGUCUGAUUAAUUCAAUAUUUUGGGAUUUUAAACAGAUCUGCAGAUUCGGCGUUAACGUUUUCAUCUCGAUGUUAUAAACGUGUUUAUAAACAUUUUAUUGUUUGAAUCGAGUUUUAAAGCUGCAGUGACGAAUCCGGAGGAAGAGACCACGUCCUGUCAGGGUUUGAGGACAUUUCAAGGAUUUUAGGUAAUUUCUAAGAAUUUGGGACGGUUCUGGGAUUUUGGACCAGUUCUAUGAUUUUAGGACGUGUCUUGGAUUUAAGGACAUUUUAAUCUGCAGAGAGGCCGAUACAAACAAAUUGGACAAAUUCCAAAAAGACUAAAAUGUAAAUCCAAGGAGAGAUUCACAAACGACAAAAACACUGAAAAAUCAAAACUAGACUGAGAAAAAUC